AGUAAUUUACUUGUCCGAGAAAAAUUUGUGUUUUCCCCCUUCUUGCACGCAGAAGAAACGUCAAACCGUCCUGCCACCCCAAAACGACAGCGUUUCGUAUCCGCCAUUGCUGCAGACCUCGGCACAGGCCACCGUCGUCAACGACAAGAGCAGCCACCAGCCAUCGGAUCGGAGGGAGAAUCAAAACCAACCACCCCCCCCCCCCCCCCCCUCUCUCUCUCUCUCUCUCUCUGUUUGUCUGUCGGAGUGCAAAUGGGGAUCCGAUUCAUACUGAUGGUGAACAAGCAGGGCCAAACCCGGCUGGCCCAGUACUACGAGUACCUAACCCUAGAAGAAAGGCGGGCCCUUGAAGGCGAGAUCGUCCGCAAAUGCCUCGCCCGCACCGAGCAGCAGUGUUCGUUUGUCGAGCAUCGGAACUACAAAAUCGUAUACAGGCGCUAUGCCUCGCUUUUUUUCCUGGUUGGAGUAGACAAUGAUGAGAACGAGCUUGCAAUUUUGGAGUUCAUACAUCUUUUGGUGGAAACAAUGGACCGGCAUUUUGGUAAUGUGUGUGAGCUUGAUAUAAUGUUCCACCUGGAGAAAGCACACUUUAUGCUGGAGGAGAUGGUCAUGAAUGGGUGCAUCGUGGAGACUAGCAAAUCAAACAUUUUGAUGCCGAUACAACUCAUGGACAAAACUUCGUGAAAUAAUGUCAUUUACAGUUUCAUUUUCCUGUAUUGUCUCAAGAAAGCUCAAGCGACUUCGACACUUUGUAUGCUAAGUAACAUGUUCAACAGCUUGAUUCAUUGAUCUUUAUCAUUUUGUAAAGCAUCAUGGGAUUUAUUCCAUUAAAAUUUUCUUGUGAUACUCGGACUGAAAUUACUCGUAAGUGCUUGGGAAUGAAUUAUCUUCAGAACCA